UGCGAAUAACUUCCUCUUUUAGUGACUGAGGAACUGCCAGUACCACGUAAGCAGUGGUCCCCACAACAAAGCAUGAAGCGAAAGACUCCUCAGAACUCUCUUUUUUUUACCCUUCCAUCUCAAACUUUCUUUUCCUUUUUCUCGCUUCCCAAACAGCCCUUCUUCUUACCCGCCCAUUAAAGUUCGAGAAAUCAAAACUAUGGAAUCGCAAGCCAAAGCUCAAACGGAACGGGCUAACCAGCAGAGUAAAGGAGCCAUGAAGAAAUCCUCUUCGAGAAACUCCGAUUCCUCUGGUCAAAUGGAGUCUCCUCACUCGCCUCUCCGGUUCCACUCGCCGCUCCGAUCCGAGGCCGGCGAUCCGCCCGACACUCCUCCGUAUGAGUCGCCGGUUAACUCGCCGGAAAAGCAGCCGGAUAACUCCAGGGCUAUCGUCGCAGUUGAGAAGGCCAAUCUCAACCACUACUCGUCCGAUCACCACAAGAAACCGCACCAGAAUGCGACGGCGCCGGCGAAGCCGCCUCUGCCGAUGUACAUCAACAGAGCGACAAAGGAGGAAGCGCCUCCGUCGGUCACGAAGGUCGGUCCCGUCGCCGGAGGCAGCGGAGGAGAUGACGGUGGCGUUGGCCGGAGGUCGAAUUUCGCGCCUUCGCCGGGGAGGAGGCCGAGGAAGGAGUUGUUGAAGAGUGCGGCGCUUGGGUUUCGUGUUAGUGAGUUCGUGCUCUGUUUGAUUUCCUUCUCUGUCAUGGCCGCAGAUAAGACUCAGGGUUGGAGCGGCGAUUCCUUUGAUCGAUACAAGGAGUACAGGUUUUGUCUGUCUGUGAAUGUUAUCGCGUUUGUAUAUUCGUUAUUUCAAGCUUAUGAUCUAGCAUUCCAUCUUGUCACCGGAAAACAUGUGAUCCGCCACCACCUUCGUCGCCACUUUGAGUUUUUCAUGGAUCAGGUACUGGCAUAUCUUCUCAUAUCAGCAUCAUCAUCGGCGGCCACCAGAGUAGAUGACUGGCAAUCAAACUGGGGGAAAGAUGAGUUCACCGAGAUGGCGAGUGCUUCGGUAGGGAUGGCCUUCUUGGCAUUUGCUGCCUUUGCCGUGAGCUCCCUUAUAUCGGGUUACAACCUUUGGAGUGAGAACACGAUGUGAACUGAGAUCGUGUAAUCAGUUGCUCGCAGUUUUUCAGUCUUAUCCGAAAAUAAUACAAUAGAAUGUGAAAGCAAAUAUAUAUAUAUUUCUUCCUUUUACUUGUUGUACAGAUAAAGAUUCAAUAGCCUUGUUUUCUUCUUACAAUUGGAAGGGAACAUAAUUUUAGGAAUUAUGUUUGAAUUCUCUAUGUUCUGUGUUUUUUAGACUGGAUUCUGAUGUACUUCAGUUCUGUUAUGCAAAUCUGCAUAACUUUCAGGUUGA